ACCCUUGUUUUGUCCUUGGGGUCACAAGGACCCGAAGGACCACACAAGGGUUAAACUUGUGAGAAGAUUAUUAUACAGCAAUUUAAGUUUUUUUAUGACCGUUUAGUUUGAUAACUUCCUGUUGUCAGUCAGGUAUUUUUGAACUGGUAAAGACAAAGUUAACAGACUUUGAAGAAGAUUUAGAGAAAUACAGAACCAUCACCAAAACCUGGGGAGCCAAGAGUAAUUUUACAACUUAAAACGUCAUGUUUUAAGAUGUGGAGCAGGUUUUAACUGAUGAUCAAAGUCCAAAUUCAAAAUGCAGCUCCUCUUCCUGGAAGAUACUAAAGCUUUAUAAUCACUCCCUGUGUUGUAUAAUCUCAAUAAAGCUGAACCUUGGACCCGAAGGACUUGAUAAGGCAGUCACAGAUCAGUCACAGUCAGACAGUCCUCACUAAGAGGUGAAAUGGCACAAAAAGGAGUUCAGCUGGACCGGGAGACCUUCUUUUGUUCCAUCUGUCUGGAUCUACUGAAGGAUCCGGUAACUACUUCCUGUGGACACAACUACUGCAUGAACUGUAUUAAAAGCCACUGGGAUGAAGAGGAUCAUAAGAACAGCCACAGCUGUCCUCAGUGCAGGCAGACAUUCACACCGAGGCCUGUCCUGCUGAAAAACACCAUGUUAGCAGAUUUAGUGGAGGAGCUGAAGAAGACUGGACUCCAAGCUGCUCCUGCUGAUCACUGCUAUGCUGGAGCUGAAGAUGUGGCCUGUGAUUUCUGCACUGGGAGAAAACUAAAAGCCAUCAAGUCCUGUCUGGUGUGUCUGAUGUCUUACUGUGAUCACCACCUCCAGCCUCAUUAUGAUGUGGCUCCGUUAAAGAAACACAAGCUAGUGGAGCCCUCCAAGAAGCUCCAGGAGAACAUCUGCUCUCGUCAUGAUGAGGUGAUGAAGAUUUUCUGUCGUACUGAUCAGCAGCUAAUCUGUUAUCUCUGCUUAAUGGAGGAACAUAAAGGCCACGACACAGUCUCUGCUGCAGCAGAAAGGACUGAGAGGCAGAAAAAGCUUGAGGGGAGUAGACAAAACAUCCAGCAGAGAAUCCAGGACAGAGAGAAAGAUGUGAAGCUGCUUCAACAGCAGGCGGAGGUUAUCAAUGGCUCUGCUGAUAAAGCAGUGGAGGACAGCGAGAAGAUCUUCACUGAGCUGAUCCGUCUCCUGGAGAAAAGAAGCUCUGAUGUGAAGCAGCAGGUCAGAUCCCAGCAGAAAAGUGAAGAGAGUCGAGUCAAAGAGCUUCAGGAGAAGCUGGAGCAGGAGAUCACUGAGCUGAAGAGGAAAGACGCUGAGCUGAAGAAGCUCUCACACACAGAGGAUCACAACCAGUUUCUACACAACUACCCCUCACUGUCACCACUCAGCCAAUCAGCAUCCAGCAUCCAUAUCCAUCCUCUGAGCUGCUUUGAGGACGUGACAGCGGCCGUAUCAGAAGUCAGAGAUAAACUACAGGACGUCCUGAGAGAGAAGAGGACAAACCUCUUACUGACAGGGACUGAGGUGGUUGAUUCACUACCACAAGGAGAACCCAACACCAGAGCUGAUUUCCUAAAAUAUUCACGUGAAAUCACAUUGGACCCAAACACAGCAUACAUACAUCUGUUAUUAUCUGAGGGGAACAGAAAAGCAACAAGAAUGAGACAACAACAGUCUUAUUCUAGUCACCCAGACAGAUUCACUGGAUGUACUCAGGUCCUGAGUAGAGGGAGUCUGACUGGAUGUUGUUACUGGGAGGUGGAGAGGAGAGGAGUAGGAAUUUGUGUAGCAGUCGCAUACAAGAAUAUCAGCAGAGCAGGGAGCUGGUAUGAAUGUGUAUUUGGAUUAAAUGACAAAUCAUGGGCGUUACGUUGCGAAAAAAAUAGUUAUUCAUUUUGGUACAACAAUGUCCGAACUCCCGUCUCAGGUCCUGUGUCCUCCAGAGUAGGAGUGUACCUGGAUCACAGUGCAGGUAUUCUGUCCUUCUACGGUGUCUCUGAAACCAUGACUCUCCUCCACAGAGUCCAGACCACAUUCACUCAGCCUCUCUAUGCUGGUCUGCGGCUUUAUUAUUGUCCUGGAGGCACUGCUGAGUUUUGUAAACUGAAAUAGAAAGAAGUCAUGUAUAGGGUUAAUCUCUGUGUUUUAACUCUUUAACUUAUUUUGUCUCUGUGUUUGUUGCUGAUAGCUGAUUGGUGUGGCAUUUCUUCACUGCAUUAAGAUCGUCUAUCAAUCACAC